CGAAUCACAGACAGACUACCAGCUCUCGACCCCCUUGAUCAUCCGUCUUGUAUGACAUGAAGUCCACCUCGCUUGCCAAGACCCGCCCGUCUUUCGUGUCCAGUCACCGACGCAACCACCUCGGAGAUCAGCCAGGUAGCGGAGAUGCUCCGAGGCUAGCACCAAGACCAAAAGUCUUGUCCGAGUCAAGCUUUUGUUAUUGCCCGGGAGACUUCCGUCCUCCAGUCGUCAGCAGCGCCGCGGCUGGCCCAUGGCGUGAAAAUACCGCAACUAUCGUCGGGACGGCCAUGGAUGUGACGAAGGUAGUGGGAGCCAUCCACGGCCAGGGGUCCCGCAGAAAGUGCCCAGGCCUCGGCCCUUUCGGGUCACCCGCCCGCCAUCGGGAUUGGCCUCGACCCGCGAGUGGGUGUGGGCGCUGAUGGAAGUCAGGCCAACGCCACGAGACGCGAGACACGAGGCCACUGCUAACUUGGCUUUGUACACAGUACAUGUCAUCAAAAGCCGCUUGUGGAUUAACCUCACCCCGCCUCCAUAAAACCACGCUCGUCUCCUCGUACCUUUUUAGGUCGCCUUCCACAUGUCGCCCUCAUCAAACGGUCGGGGCUACGACACCUUCCUCGCGGAGCCGCGUCCGUCCACUGAAGCCCUACUGCCAGACAUGAACAAGAUAUUUGCCCGCCCGGCCGCCACCAUGGCCCCGGUCGUCGACGACCAGCCCAAGAGCCCGCUGGCGGCCGACAACGCCAGCGGCGGAGAGGCUGGCCCCGACGGCCGCUCUCCUCAAAAUGCUGCAGCGGCCGACGACGACGACCAGGACUCGAUCGACAAAAGCGCCCAGCGCGGGGUGCAAAAGAUUGAGGCCAUCACCAAGGUCUGGUCGCGCAACCAUCUGAUCCUGGCCUACGUCCUGAUCUGGGUCAUCAACUUUGUCGACGCCAUCGAGCAGGGCAUGUCGGGGUCGCUGGUGGCAUACGUGACGUCGUCAUUUGCGCAGCACUCGCUGACGGCCACGACGAGCGUCAUGUCGAGCAUCAUUGGCGGGCUCUUCAAGCUGCCUCUGGCCAAGGUCCUCGACAUUUGGGGCCGGCCGCACGGCUUCGUGCUCUGCAUGGUGCUGCUGACCGUGGGGCUCGUCAUGAUGGCGGCCUGCGACAACGUCGAGAUGUACGCAGCCGCCCAGGUCUUUUACUGGGUCGGCUACAACGGGCUCAGCUACAGCCUGUCCAUCUUCGUUGCCGACACGUCGGCUCUCAAGAACCGCGCCCUGCUGUUCUCCUUCAUGUCGUCGCCCUACAUCAUCACCGUGUGGACCAGUGGGCCCAUCGCUCAGAGUUUUCUAAACACUAUCGGCUGGCGCUGGGCGUACGGUACCUUUGCCAUCAUCACACCCGUCAUGUGCGCCCCGCUGCUAGGUCUCUUCGUCUGGAACUACCGCAAAGCCAAGGCCAUGGGUCUGAUCGCGUCGGAAAAGUCUGGCCGGUCGCCUCGGGAGUCGCUCAAGUAUUACGUAAUUGAGUUCGACCUGCUGGGCAUCCUCCUGCUGGCCGGCGGGCUCGCGCUGUUCCUACUGCCGUUUAGCCUCUACGCCGUCGUCGAGGGCCAGUGGGCCAACCCGACGGUCAUCUGUAUGCUCGUGUUUGGCGUCGUGCUGAUCGUGGCCUUUGCCCUUUACGAGAAGCUGCUGGCGCCCGUCACAUUCAUACCGUUCGAGCUGCUGACGGACCGCAGCAUCCUGGGCGCGUCGGUGCUGUCGGCGGUGCUCUUUGUGAGCUUCUACAUCUGGGACAGCUACUUCCCGUCGUUCCUGCAGGUGGUCAACGGGCUCGACGUGGCGCGCAGCUCGUACGUGAUCAACAUCUACAGCAUCGGCUCGUGCUUCUGGGCCAUCGUGGUCGGGGUGCUGAUCCGCUGGACGGGGCGGUUCAAGUGGCUGGCGCUGUACUUUGGCAUGCCUCUGACCUUGGUCGGGGUCGGGCUGAUGCUGGCGUUCCGGCAGCCCGACGUCAACAUUGGCUACAUUGUCAUGUGCCAGGUCUUCAUCGCCGUCGCGGGCGGCACGCUCGUCAUCUGCAUCGAGAUGGCGGGCAUGGCGGCCGUGACGCACCAGCACAUCGCCGUGGUGCUGGCCCUCAUGUCCAUGUUCUCGUCCAUCGGCGGGGCCGUCGGCAGCACCGUGGCGGCGGCCAUCUGGACGGGCGUCUUCCCCGCCCGGUUGGCCGAGUAUCUCCCCGCCGAGGAGCUGGGUGACCUCAAAAGCAUCUACUCGGACCUCACCAAGCAGCUGUCGUACCCGUGGGGCUCGCCGGCGCGGCGGGCCAUCCAGCACGCGUACGGGGACGCGCAGCGGUACAUGCUCAUCGCCAGCACCGUGGUGCUGGUGCUCGGCUUUGCCUGCUGCGCCGUGUGGCGCGACUACCGGAUCAAGGACUUUAAGCAGGUGAAGGGGCGCGUCAUUUAGCCUGAUGGAGUCUAGGGUGGGUGGGAUGAAACGUAUUGGGUAGAAUAGAGACGAGAGAGUAUACUAGUAUAGGCUGGGGCAGCGGCAUUGAUAAACAAAAAGGGGGGUGGGGUAGGUGAUUUGGAGUCUGGCAUCAAUAAUCCUAUGGCACUAUUUCACGGAUCGCAGUCUAUCCCGUGGCUACAGGUCCGCCGUUUUGAGCAUGUCCUUGGUCUCAUGACCCGUUCUUGGUCUACCGACAGCGUCUCGCCUAAUACCCUACGGACCUGAGAAGACGCAGCGGGCCGACGGUGUCGGAAGAAGCCGCAGUCCAUCCAAGGAGCAGGUUGCGAGACUAGGAUAGAGAUGGGUGUCUGUCCGACUCAAACGAGAACAAAUUUGCGGCUCCAUGCAGGGGCCGGCCUGCAGUGGGCCGAUCCAUCAACGGCUUUCUGGUUCCAAAC